AUGCCCCUUACAACCACCUUUUCCCUUACCACUCUCACACCUCCAAUCCAUCAACUACCAGUCUCGCUUCCCAUCACCCUCACACUCGCCUUCCUCGCCUACCUUCUCCUCGUCUCCACUCUUCGCUUCCAGCGCGCUCGCAAUCUUUACCGCGACUACCCACAGUAUGCAAACCGUGCAUCUAUGUCCCAAAUGACCGUCCAUGAUGCAUGGGCCAUACAAAAGAACAUAAUGCAACUCGAGUUCCCUACGACUGCAGUGAGAGCCCUUCAGUUUGCACUCUUUCGGACAUACGGCAUCCCGACCAUCUCUUCCCUCCUUCUGCAUACUUCCCAACUUUCAGACCCUGCCACCUCUUUCAAGCGCUAUGCAGAUACGGGUACCCUUAUCGGUCAGUUCGUGACAUGCCCUCCUACUUCCUCUCGUGCGCGCACUGCCAUUGCCCGGACCAAAUUCCUACACUCCGGAUACCGUGCCAGCGGUAGAAUCCUCGAGUCUGACAUGCUCUAUACUCUGAGCCUAUUCGCUACAGAACCCAUCCGCUUUGUGGGGCGGUUCGAGUGGAGGGCAAUGACGGAGUUGGAACAGUGUGCUAUUGGAACUUACUGGAAAAGCCUGGGAGAUGCGUUGGAUAUCAGCUAUCAUGCGUUACCGUCGGGAAAAAGCGGGUUCAGAGAUGGCCUGCAUUUCUUGGAAGAGCUCCGGCAGUGGAGUGACCAUUAUGAAGAAGAGAACAUGAGACCCGACCACCGGAACAGACUGGUCGCGAACAAGACGAUGGAUGUCAUUGUUUACGGAUUUCCCGAGUGGGUGAAAGGCGUCGCCGUCGGCUUUGCCACCUGUGUGAUGGACAAUAGAUUGCGGGAAGCAAUGAUGUACGAGGCGCCACCCAUGUGGUAUCGGAGGAUUUUUACGGGGCUAGUAGCCCUACGGAAGUAUUUUCUGCGAUACCUUGGGCUUCCUCGGCCGAUGGUUCUCCGACAAGAGGUUUUCAGCGAUACUCCUAAUGAGGAGGGUCGGUAUUAUGUUCGAAUUUGGAAAGGAAUGCCAUACUACGUGCAACCCACCGUCUGGAACCGCUGGGGUCCAGCGGCGUGGUUGACGUGGGCCCUAGGCCUUCCACUUCCCGGCGAUGAUGGCGAGACCUACUACCCCGGGGGCUUUGAUGUAGCCAAUUUGGGACCGAGGUACUUCGAAGGAAAGGGACGAAAGUCUGUGGCUGUACACCUCAUUCAGGAAGCGCAUGUGCCUCCAUCUCGUGUUCACAUCCUUGAAACCCUCAGUCAAGCUGGCGGCGGGACUAUCAGUACGGGCGACCCCAUCAAUGGAUAUGAUUGCCGGGCAGGAGGGAUGCCUCCAUUCAACGACGCCUGUAUGGAAGAACUCCUCUCUCUGGUUCCCUCCAGGACAAAGUCAAACCAGUCUGUUCUCGAAGACCUUGACGAGUUCUGGGCCACCGAAGCCAUUAAAGAUCGUCCUCAUACUCGCUUCCUCGCCCGUCACAAACAUAGUCUUGAACGCAUUGACGCCAAACGAGCGAGUUUAGGACUGCGCGACCGCGUGGACCUGUUCAUGCUGGUUUCGAAAUCGGACAAGUCCCUGGGCCGCUCGCGCAUCUGCGACCAUUUCAGCAAAAGCUUCUUUAAAAGCUGCUACUGGAUGCUACUUUCCACGACCUUUGGUAUAAAGCCUGCCCAUAGUGCAGCCGAGUUCCGGCGCUACCUUCAACACUACAUGCACAGCAUCCACGAGAUCCACCGUCGCCGGAAGCUAGAUGGUGGCCGUUUCAACCGGCACGAGUCUAUCGUCGCACCGGUCGCUCAAUUUCUGCGGUCCCGGGGCGUAGACUUCCGCUUCCACACGACAGUCACUGAUAUCAUCACUACCCCUUCAAGCAGCGAUCCGCACCGGGUAUCAGCCAUCAAAGCCAUACACGAAAAUGAGCCCGAGCAGACGAUAAACCUAGGGCCGCGGGACAUCGUGCUGGUGUCACUAGGCUCGGUUAUGUCCGGCUCCACAACGGGCACCAAUACGUCCCCACCAUCCCUGGAACUAAUGGAGAUCGAGAAAGACUUAGACGAGAACUGGCUUCUGUGGCUAGAGCUGUCCACAAAAAACCCUAUCUUCGGGAAUGCAUACAACUUCUGCACACGCAUGGGAGAGUCCCGCCUCGAAUCCUUCACCGUCACCUUUUCCUCCCCCGAGUUCUUCAACCGGUUUACCGCCCUCACCGGCGAUAAAGUAGGAAGCGGCACUUUCGUCACCCUCAAAGACACUCCCUGGCUCCUCAGCAUCAAUCUCCCCCAGCAGCCUCUAUUCCCCGAUCAACCUGCGCACGUGCAGGUGCUCUGGGGCUACGCAAUGUACCCCGAGCGGGAGGGCGACUACGUCAAGAAACCCAUGCUCGAAUGCUCGGGACAAGAAAUCAUGGAAGAGAUAUUAAAACAACUGAAUUUCCCUGUGCAGGGGAUCCUAGACCACUCGAUUACCCUACCUUGCGUGGUUCCACGAGCAGCGGCAACACUGUUGCCCCGCUUGCGCGGCGAUCGACCACAAGUGAUACCCCCGGGGAUCGACAAUCUCGGACUCAUUGGCCAAUUCGUGGACAUCCCGGGAGAGGUGGCCGUGACGAUGGAUUACAGUGUGCGGUCAGCACAGACGGCGGUCCGCCAGCUAAUGGGGCUGGAAACGCACAAGACAGUAUCCAAGCGAAGUUCCGCGAUCAGUCUGCGGGCUUUGUAG